GUAGAGGAGUAUGGUGAAAGCUGCAAAUAAUUAAUAACUGGACAUGAACAACUUAAUGGCACAAAACUUAGAGACUGUCAGGAGUGCAGGCURAUGUAUUCAAGGUCGAAACAGUUGGUUAUCAGAAAUUAUUAUCUAUUAAGCAGAUGUCAUCAGGAUCAAUCAAUUGUAAUUAACAUUUCAGAAAUUCAAAAUUGUGUGCUGCUAUAUAAAGGAGUAUAUCUUGAUAAAAGAUUGAUGUGCCGUAAUUGAACUUAUAUGUAAUGAAAUAUUUAUAAUUUUCUUUUAUGGGAUCCUUUCAAUGAAUUAAUUGGCGAAUUUCCUUCCGUGUUCCUAAAGUCGUUUCUUUCCACUUUGGAAGAUUUGUUUGAAUUCAUAGAUUCUAUUUGGUGAUGUGGAAAAUAGAAAUGAAAGCGUUUGCUUUUGCCAUUUUGGUGUUGUUUUCUUCAUUAAUCACAUCCAAAGGAGAGUUCGAGAGUUCGCGGGUAAACAAUCGUAGCGUACAACAGCAUGAAUAUGGAUAUUUGAUGCGACAUCAUGAGGUGGACAGUCGGAUCAAAGCAGUACUAAUCGCCAUCGAAGCGAUUGCAGCAUUGUCAUCAAUUGUCAGCAACAGCAUAAUCAUCCACAGUGUUCGAGUCAACCGGCACAUGCACACAACAACCAACUACUUCAUCGUCAACAUGGCGUGUGCUGACAUCCUUCUUGCACUGUUUAAUGGUCCUUAUUCGAUUAAUUUUGUUAUCAGUUGGUUUGCUUGGUUCCCUGGUCGGUUUGGAAGAAUAACUUGCGUUGCUYACACGCUUCUCMAAUUUAUAAUAGGUCUUUGCUCUACAUUUAGUCUUGUGGUAAUCUCAUUUGACAGAUUGAUGGCAGUGAGCCGUCCAUUAAGGUACAAAAGCCAUGUUUCAGUUAGCAAAUACCUUAUAAUGUUYACAUGGCUACUAGCAGUUGGAAUGUCAUUAACAGCCAUCAAUGGGAAACAUUUGGUCACUUUGCCAGGUCAAUCCACAGCAUACUGCAUCCCUAAGACCAAAAGUACAAUGGUAGCUUCUACUUUUCUGACCAUUCCACUUCCACUUGCUCUCGUCAUCAUACUCUGCUUUGCGAUUGGAUACAAGGUUUGGAAGAGAAAAGUCCCCGGAGAAGGUGGACAACAGGCUGCUGAUAGGACAUCUAGGAAAGUAACCUACAUGAUAAUAUCAGUUGUUUUGGCUUUUAUUGUAUCAUGGGCUCCAAUACUUACUGCUAGUUCUCUUUUUAAAGAAUAUCCCAAGAGUAUGUUUCUCUUAGGGAUUGUAUGGCCCAUUGCAUUCUCUUUUAUGUAUCUCAAUGGCCUAUUUAACAUGGCUAUUUACUAUAUUUUUAGCGAAAACUAUCGUAGUGCAUUCAGGGCUUUGUUAAGUAAURUGAGGUCGUUGUUUCCGCGACGGGUACUCUUCAGUAACGUCAUUGGCGGGACARUGUCACCAGUAGUAGGUGAAGUGACUACGGUUUCUUUAAGACCGAUAAAUGUSAAAUAAUAUCUUCUAAUGAAUGUUGUUUAAAGAAAGCAUAUUGUUAAUUCGUGUACGGUUCUGUAAGUUAAUGGUUUUUAAAUAAUACCGACUACAUCCCAUCCAAAGUAUGUUAUAAAAAAUAGACAUGACUCCGCUAUGGCAUUGAGGUGGAGGUAGCUGUUCUGGGGGCAGGUUGGGGCGCCCCUGGGCCACAAUCGACAUUUCUGUAGUACCCCACAUUCCAGUUACUUACAUAGUAGUAUUAUACUUUUUAAAGUAUCAGGACUGUUAAGCAGGUUAUGACUGGAUAAAUAAAAUUUGAUUAAAAUUUCGGAAUUGCAAAAUACAAAGCGUUAAAGAUUCCGAUAAAAAUCAGUAAUCAACUGUUAUGGCUAUGGCUUACAUAAAGUCAGAUAACCAUAAGUGUGUACAAGCAAGUUCGUAGAGAAAGUGUAAUGAGCCUCUUGUUCAACUUAGAAUUAUCUCAAUGUAUAUAAAUAAAAUUCCUA